UUUUUUUUUUUUAGUACAUUCUUGUCUCAAGCCUAGUAGGAGUAGGAACACCCACUUGCAUGCUAUGUGAGAGACCUUAACCUUCAUACUUAUAAAGGUUUUUGUACCCUUUCCCUCCCUUCCUUCUUCAGCUACAAGUUUUUUAAGAAACUGGAUGGUAGCCAGAGAAGAAUCUGAUGCAGAGGACGGGGUGGUUCUUUUCUUUUCAGAGGAGGCUUGCUGGACUCUGACACCCAAGAAGCAAAAUGUUCUUCCUUCUCUCAUUUCUGAUUGUGGGAAUGAAGCUCCGCCUGAUAACAGGUUUAUUUACAGUGACUGUUCCCAAGGAACUGUAUAUAGCAGACUUUGGAAGCAAUGUGACAAUGGAGUGUAACUUUGACGCUGGUAGACAAGUGGAAAUUGACGCAUUAAGAGUCACUUGGGCAAAGGAUGAAAGGAAAAUUGUGAAUUUUUCUAGUAAAAAGGAAGACCUGGAAAUUCUCAGUGAGCACAGUGGAAGAAGAAUGACGUUGUUAGAGGACCAGCUGUCCCUCAGGAAAGCCUUGCUUCACAUUAGGGAUGUCCAAAUAAUGGAUGCUGGCCAGUACCACUGCCUGAUUCUCUAUAGGGAUGCCGCUGACUACAAGUACGUCACUCUGCAAGUAAAAGCUUCCUACAAGACAAUAAAUACUCAAGUCAUCAGGGUCCCAGGAAGCAAUGAAAUAGAGCUUACCUGUCAGUCUAAAGGCUAUCCUCUGGCAGUGGUAUCCUGGCUAAACAUCAGUGAAUCUGUGAAUACCACCCACUCGAAGACCCCUGAGGGUCUCUAUAACAUCACCAGUGUCCUGCGGCUAAAGGAAAACACCCAUAGGAACGUCAGCUGUGAGUUCUGGAAUGAAGCUAUCCAAGAAAGGACGUCUGCUAUCAUGAACCCUAUUUUAGAUGAAAUUCCAGAUGAAAAAAUACCCCUGACUUAUAUUUUCAUUCCCACCUGCAUCAUCAUCUUGAUUUCUGUGGCAGCCCUGAUAUUUCUCAGAAGACAAUUCUGCCCAAAGGUCUCACACAGAAUGGGUCUGCACCCACACCUCAAGAGCUCGAAAUUUUCUGAUUUGACAGACUCAAGAGACAUGAAUUAAGGACCAAGGAAUAACGCAGUUUGCUACACCUGCAGCUUGCACUUUUCAAAAAAAAUUUUGAACAACACAGCACUUUAGAUUUAAACCCACAAAAAAUUAACUAAACCCUGGAUAAUGGCAAAAGCAUAGCACUAAACCUCUCCAAAUUCUUGUGAUACAUAGCCUGGUCAUGAUGUUUCUUAAGUUUAUUGAUACCAACUGUCACAAAGGUGCUAAAUACUGCUGGACAGUCAAUAGCAAUGGUAUCCUGGGUAUUGCCCUUUUUGUUCAAUUAAUGUUUGUUUGGGUUUCUGUACUUUGUAUGAAAAGCCUACUGGAAGCACUUCUUGAUUACUGGUUGAUUUCUCUUCUGGAAUGAGUUAGGCUCUGGAGGCCCCUGGUCCCAGUCUGAGGUUCUUUUCUAUCACUACUGGAUUGAAAGAAGAGAACCAUUUCCCCCAAAUGUAUUGGAAAGAACAGAUUUCAAGAAGAAGAGAGAAGAAGAGUUGGCAUUUGCUCUUGUAUGACUGACAGAAAGCCAAAGAGAUUUCCUCUGCUGGGGAAAGGGUAAUAUUUGGUCUCUCCCCCAUAAUCUAAGAAUUACUUGGAUGGUCUAAUUCGGGCUAGGGCAGGGAACCAACAAGCACGAGGACACGAUGUACAUCUAGUAACUACAGACCUCCUGGGAGCCCUCUAAAGGUAUUUUACUAAAGAGGAAGUAUGGAAAUAUGCAAUAGUCCUAUAAACUAUAUAAUAAAAUGGACUUAAAUUCAAAAAUA